GCCAACAGUUUUUACAUUUUCAGUUUGUCCGAUGCGCUCCUGCGUGGCGAGAUUAUUCAGAUGUUCUGUGACGCUGCUGACUGUACCGACCACAUAGCGCUCCGAUAGCCCAGCACGUGUGACUCCGGAAAAGAAAAUGUCCUCUGCUUAUGCAUCUCUAGACAAUAAAUGGAAGUUACGUGCCCAAAAUGAAGUACUGGAAGAUCCUGACAAAGUUGUGGACAAUAUUUCAGCUCUGAAGAACCUUCUUCAAGAUGAGCCUGAAUUGUACCCAAGGACUGAUGACACAUUUCUUCUUGCAUUUUUAAGGGCAAGGAAACAUGAUGUUAAUGAAGCAUUUACACUGCUGAAGAGAUUCUACGAAGUAAAGAAGAAUUAUCCAGUACACUUUGAAGAUUGUCUCCCAACAGAGAAAGGAUAUAUUUAUGAUAUAGAAGGACUGACUGUCCUAGAUCAAUGUGAUAAUGAUGAACGAAUUGUCAUUGUGUUAAGAGUUGAGAAAGCUGAUUUGAAGAAAGUGACAAUAGAAAACUUAUUUCAACAACUAUCAACAACACUUUCCUUUUUUCUUGAGGACCAACGCGUGCAGAUUUCUGGGAUAAGUAUUAUCAUGGAUCUAAAAGGAUUUGGAUUUAAGCAUCUGUUUGCUCUCACACCUUCAUCUGCACUGAUGUUAACAAGAUUAUUUCAGGAUUGUUUUCCCAUCAGGCUUAAAGCUAUCCAUGUGGUGAAUGAGCCUAUUUUUAUUGGUUCGCUAUUUUCUUUAUUCAAACCAUUCAUAAAGGAAAAACUGAGGAAACGUAUUCAUUUUCAUGGUACUAAUUUGUCCUCACUGCAUGCUUGUUUACCAUAUGAAAUUUUACCACGCCAGUUGGGAGGAAUGGUGCCUGACUUCAAUUUCACUUCAUUCAGAAGGAUUUUUGAAGAAAAUGAAGAUGUAAUUAGAGGAUGGAGGAAGUUUGGUUACAACAAAACACUAUAAAAUUAUAUCGUGAAGUAGUAAGGAAACGAUGGACAACUCUCAAUCAAUACAGGGAAUGGAAGGCAUAGUGCCUGUUAGUAUGAUAGGGUGCAAGGAUCAUCUGACAUGUAACUGUGGGGACACUGUGCAAAUUACACAGUACCUGGUGAAGACUCAAAAAUUUCCUGGUGGACUCAAUGAACUGAAUUUGAUGACAUGAAGAUGUGUGAAUUGGUUAAGAGACCUAGAUGUUCAGUUACAAAAUUUUUGAGUGUUAGUUGUUUAUAUUAUGUUUGUUUUACUACAAUAUAUUGUUUAUGUAAGUUUAACCAUUUAUAUGUGAACAUAAAAUGAGCAUGUAAA